AGUUCGCUCAGUCAUAAGUUGUCAGUGUACGCGUUAAGUUUGCCUCGCGUUAGUCGAAGUUGCGUUUAACUUGCGCGUCUUUAGUGACGAAAGCUUCAAAAUUGUUAUUUCUUUUAUGUCAGCAAAUCAUAGAAUAUCAUAAAAAGUGAAUUAACAAUUUCGACAAUGACAUGAGUUUAUAUAAACUUGCAUAAGAAAAGUUAUAAUAAAUAUCUAAAAUAAUAAAAAAUAAUAAACAAUAACAAAAUGCACGUGUAUUAUAAAUUUGGAUUACUUUUAAUAUUUCUGCUGAGCGUAAGUAUUAGUUAUACGGCGCCUGCGGAGAACAACGAAAAUGGCAACAACAACAAUAGCAACGAUAUCAAUGAUGAUUACGAAUAUAAUGAUGAUGAUUAUGAUGAUACGGAUAAAAAUCCGGAGACUGCCGCUAAUCGACAAUUGGAUAUAACACCAUCAACAACAACAACAACAUUUCGACCUAUUUUUAGUAUUCCUCGUCGCAGCAGCCAUGUGUUAGAGCCAAGUUGUCCACGCAGCUGCCUUUGCAUGGAGGAUUUCAAGUAUGUCCAGUGCACACAUGCUCAACUGACCCAUGUGCCACUGGACUUGCCCAAAAUGGUAGCAAUAAUUGAUUUGAGCCACAAUGACAUUGCUGAGCUGCGUGCCGAGGAUUUUGCCAAUUUAUCCAAAGUGGUGGAAAUCAAUUUAAGUCACAAUUUGCUCAAACAUGUGGACAAGGAGGCAUUCAAUGGCUUGGAGCGUUUGCUUCGCCUGCGUUUGGCCAACAAUCAAUUGACCAAUAUCGAACCCGACACUUUUGCUGGUGCCACAGACUUGAAAUUAUUGGAUCUGAGCAAUAAUACCAUUUUACAACACACAGAUGGCUCAUUUGUGAAUCAACCCAGUUUAACUGAAUUCAGCUGCUCGAAUUGCAGCUGGACGUCAUUGCCAGAGCAGAUAUUCAUGAAUAUAAGUGGCUUAAAGGUCCUGCGCUUGGAUCACAACGAAUUCAAACGGCAAAUCAAUACGAAAGCUUUAACACCGCUAAAGAAUAUAAUUAAAUUGAAACUGCCCGAAUUGGAACAAGCUAACAUUGAGGAGCUUUGCAAACAACUCAAAUCAAUUGAUACCAUCAGCUUUAAAAACUUUGAUGUUAGCUGCUUUGAGCUCGUUCUCGGUACACCGUUUAACGAGAGUCUCAUUCAGGCGACAGACUCGUCAAUUAAGCGUGUGACGGCGUUGACCAGCACUCCGAGGCCAGCAACGCCCUUGCCGCCGCGCACAGCGAACCGCAAUCGUAACAACAACAACAGACACAUGGCCAACAACGGGACGGCAAUUGUGGCCAAAGCGGGCAUCAUGACUGAAGCAGAUGUGAAAUCAACCACGGAUAAGGAGGAGCCCUACAAGGUGCCCAUCUCGCAGGAGACCAUUAACACACUGCUCAUCUGCAUUUUGGUACUUGCCAUUGUCGGCAUCGUUGUGGGCUUAAUUUGUCGGAAAGACAUCGGUGGCAUUAAGACAAAAUGUUGCCGCACCAGCAAACCAGAGCCAAAGGAUCAGGUGCAUCCCACUGAGGAAAUACCGCUUAAUAAGUUAGCCUAAGACGCAUGCUCGCUGCCUUAAACUAAUUAUUUACAAUUUACAAAUAACAAUUCCAAAAAAUUUCAUUUGUUAAAUCAACAUUUGCAGCAUUUGCCAAACGUUACGAGACUUGCACUCUGUUUGCAUAUUGUAGUUUGAUCCAGAGAAGAUAAUUGAAUUGUAGAUGGGAUUAUAGCAUUAGUCACUUAGUUUAAGUCGCUUAGACCACUGUUAUUUAGAACAUACUCCUCCUACUCACACCUCGUUUUGGGUAACAUGAAAACAAUAUAUUUAUUAUGUAUUCUAUGGUUACGUUUGGAGCACACAUCAUAUCAAUAAUAUUGACAUAAAUGUUAGUUCUUAGAUUCUUUCGUAAUCUUAACAUAGACACUUUGCCAAUUUAUACAAUAAACAACAAUUAUUGUAAAUAGUUUAAAGAAA